UACAGUAGCCUACAGGCAAUGCGGAGGCGUAAAGGAUUAGGUCUCCAGUAUACUACAUCGCUGUAUUAGCUGAGGUUGGGUCGGGUUAUUAAGGGAGCCAGAGAGAGACGUGUUCACUACAGAGUCAUCACCAUGGCACCACUCGGACUAAAAGCCAUUGUGGGAGAAAAGAUUAUGAAUGACGUCAUCAAGAAGGUACACAAGAAAGGAGAAUGGAAGGUGCUGGUCGUAGACAAGCUGAGCAUGAGGAUGAUGUCAUCCUGCUGUAAGAUGACAGAUAUCAUGUCAGAGGGCAUCACCAUUGUUGAAGACAUCGGAAAGAAACGGGAGCCUCUCCCUAGCAUGGAGGCCAUCUACUUAAUAACUCCCAAUGAUGAGACUGUGGAGGCACUCAUAGAUGACUUCAGAGACCCUCGGUCGCCCAGAUACAGAGGAGCUCACGUCUUCUUCACUGACACAAUCCCAGAUUCAUUGUUUAACUUGUUGACGAAAUCCCGCGCGUCCAAAGCCAUGAAGACCUUGACUGAGAUCCACAUCGCCUUUCUGCCCUAUGAGUCUCAGGUGUUUUCCCUGGACAAGACAGAUGCCUUCCAGGACUUCUACAGCCCCUACAAGGCUGACAUUAAGCACAACAUGUUGGAGCGCUGUGCUGAGCAGAUCGCCACUCUCUGCAAUACCCUGAAGGAAUACCCUGGCGUCAGAUACAGAGGGGAGUAUAAAGACUGUACCACUCUGGCUCAGCUCCUGCAGGACAAGCUGGACGGCUACAAGGCAGACAACCCCACCAUGGGAGAGGGUCCUGACAAGUCUCGCUCCCAGCUCUUGAUUCUGGACCGAGGCUUUGACCCGGUCUCUCCCAUCCUCCAUGAACUCACCCUCCAAGCUAUGGGCUAUGACCUGCUGGGCAUCGAGAACGACGUCUACAAGUAUGACACCAGCGGGAUGGGGGAGGUCAAGGAGAAGGCGGUGUUGCUGGAUGAGGACGAUGAUCUGUGGAUGAGUCUCAGACACAAGCACAUUGCAGAAGUCACCACGGCUGUGACCCGUUCUCUGAAAGAAUUCUCAUCCACAAAAAAGAUGAACACAGGAGAGAAGACCACAAUGAAAGACUUGGCUCAGAUGCUGAAGAAGAUGCCCCAGUAUCAGAAAGAGCUGAGCAAGUACUCCACCCACCUCCACCUGGCUGAGGACUGUAUGAACCGCUAUCAGGGCACUGUGGACAAGCUGUGUCGCGUGGAGCAGGACCUAGCGAUGGGUACGGACGCAGAGGGGGAGAAGAUCAAGGACCCCAUGAGGGCCAUCGUGCCCGUCCUGCUGGACAAAGACGUCACUGUCUUCGACAAGAUUCGCAUCAUCCUCCUCUAUAUCUUCAUGAAGAACGGUGUUUCGGAGGAGAACCUGUGUAAGCUCCUCCAGCAUGCUAACAUCCCUCCCGAGGACAGUGACAUCAUCUCCAACAUGGCCCAUAUGGGCAUGCCCAUCAUCUCAGAGGGGAAUCCGACCCGCAAGGUGAAGAAGACUGACCGGAAGGAGAGAGUGAGUGAGCAGACCUACCAGCUGUCCCGAUGGACCCCUCUUAUCAAGGACAUCAUGGAGGAUGCCAUUGAGGACAAACUGGAUCCAAAGCAGUACCCCUACAUCUCCCAACGAACUGCCUCCACCCACUCCAGCGCGCCAUCAAGUGCCCGGUACGGAAACUGGCACAAGAACAAGGGCCCCACAGAGAUGAAGAAUGGUCCUCGGGUCAUCGUCUUCAUCAUCGGAGGCAUGACCUUUAGCGAGAUGCGCUGCGUCUACGAAGUCACACAGGCCAAUGGCAAAUGGGAGGCCAUCAUUGGCUCCACCCACAUGCUCACUCCCACCAAAUACCUAAAGGAGCUGCAGCACCCUGACUUCCUGGACCCCAACGCUGCCCCUGAGGAACCAGAGCCUACCCCCGCAGAAUGAGAACACACACUGAAAAGAUCAACCAAUAUCUUCACCCCUACAAGCCUUCUUCAAACUCUCAAAGACUUGGAUAAACAAGCAGAGGUUUAAGCAGAACCCCCUGGCUGUAGCAGUCCCUCUCUUAACUAGCUAUCUGUCUCUUAACUAGCUAUCUGUCUCUUAACUAGCUAUCUGUCCCUCUCUUAACUAGCUAUCUGUCCCUCUCUUAACUAGCUAUCUGUC